AUGCCCCCCAGUACUAUCAGACCGACAAGCAGCGCCGGAUUGCAGAGCAUAUCUAGGGCAUUUAUUGGAGCCGUUGAAGAUGAAUGGCAGCUUUAUAGUGAUCGCUCUGAAGACUAUACUUUGGGUUCCACGAUAGGAUUCGGAGCCUCCUCGAUAGUGUACACAGCGCUCUUCCACCCCCCGGCGGACCCGUCUUCACCCAAGCCCGAACCCAUUCCAUGUGCACUCAAAGUGCUCGACCUCGACUCCCUUGCGCCACAUCCGCUGUCCCUUCUGCAACGAGAAACCACAUUAAUGUCUCUAUCCAAACAUCCUAACGUCAUCCGAGUUCGUGGAACCUGGACGGAAGGACACAAACUUUACAUUGCCAUGCGUCUCAUGAACAAGGGUAGCGCUGCAGAUGUCAUGCGUUACGGCUGGCCCGGAGGCAUGGAGGAAGAGGUCGUCAAAUGCAUCCUUCGACAGGCACUACAAGGCCUCAACUACUUGCACGUAAAUGGAUUCAUCCAUCGCGAUAUUAAAGCAGCCAAUCUAUUAAUAGACGAUGAUGGCACCGUGCUGCUCGGUGAUCUGGGGGUCGCAGCUGACCUCUCCGAGGAUUCUUCGUUCUCACAUUUGCCCAGCGGCGCGGGUUCCAAGCGCAGGAACAUUACGACGGCCUCGGCAGCGCUGGCAGGCGACAGUCGAGCCUCGAGUCUCAUCAAUGACCAACAGCAUGUUGCCGGCAAACGUGUCGUACUUGUCGACUCACAUGUCCCACAGCGGCCUAAGAUGGGCAAACGGAAGUCGUUUGUCGGUACUCCGUGUUGGAUGGCACCUGAGCUUAUACAAGGGCGGCAAUAUGAUGCUUCCGCUGAUAUCUGGAGCUUCGGAAUAACAGCUCUAGAACUCACGCAAGGAAGACCACCCAGAGCGCGUGAGCCCUCCCAGAAAGUGCUUCUAAACAUCAUUCAGGAGGAUCCCCCGACGCUAGAUCGGGAUGGGGGCACGUUCAAGUAUUCGCGAGCGUUUAAGGAAGUAAUCGAUAGCUGCCUGAUCAAAGACCCGUCGAAGCGGCCCACGGCCGAGCAGCUUCUUCAAACCCCGUUCUUCAAAUCGGCGAAGAAACCUUCCUAUCUUGUCGCGGCGAUCCUGAAGGCAUUACCUCCCCUUACCCAGCGCCAAGAGCGUCAAGCCAUAGCCUCAGCCCAAACCCAUCGUACAGUCGAGUCCUGGGACUUCGCGACGACAAUCCACACGCCCACCACAUCUGUGUACCGACGGCGCCUCCAAGAUGACUCCGAUCACUCGCACCACCUGGGCUCGGACGAGGACGUCAGCCUGAUCGACAUGGAUCAGCACAGAAGCCAUAGCAGUCUGUCAUCCCGUGCGCACAACAAAGGGGUUUCGUGGCAUGACGACACUGAGGUAGUCGAGGAAGAUCCAGAGGAAGAUGUCGAUUCGGCGCCAGGCACGUCGCCUUCUGGUGAAUCGACAUCUGAACGAGUGUUCACGGAGGAAGAGGCGCCUUCGACUUCCUCGUCUGUGGAUUCGCUCGAUGCGAAGCACGUACCCCAUGCUACCAACGAACCGGACGAUGCAGAGAAGGUAAUGCCAUCCACAGCGCCCAUGCCCAUACCCAUACCGGUCAGUUCCAUAACGAGUAGAUCAAAUCUUCGAUCAUCCUCUUUACGAGAAGAAUCGCUGCCUUCGUCGUCAAGUAGCUCUCAAUUAUCAGGCCCCCGUGACGAGAAGCAGCCAUCGUCGCUGGCACCAGCUGUAGCACUUCCGAGCACUCAACCGACAGGACUCUGGGGUAAGCUGAAAGGCGUUCGGCGGCCAUCAUCCCGGGGUGGCUCAGAGAACUUGUCUGAGAAGAAGGGGAAGGAAGCUGUUGGCCCGGAUGCGCCGAAGGAGAAGAAGUUGGGGAGCCGGUUUGUGAGGAAGGCAAGUGCUGGGAAGAGUGCCUUAGCGGGAGCAACGGCGCGAACCGCCCAGGCAGUUGGUGAGUAA